UUUCUGUUCUGUUGAGUUGCAGGAACGUGUUCUUUUUCUACUUUCCGUUUGAUUUUAUUUCCUUAUUAUUAUUGUUCUUAUUAUUAUUAUUCAUUCUUAUUGUUAAACAUUGCGUUCGAUUCUAUUCAGUUCGGUUCGGUUUGGUUCGGUUCGAUUUGCCUUUAGUUUUUGCCGUUUUUUGUUAACUUUCUGAAACACCAAUUGAUCUGCAUAAGUUUUUGCUCAAAUUGUUCGGUUUGUUUUCGAUUAUUACAAAAAAAAAAUAACGAUAAAAAAACUUGUACGCAAUCCCAAACAAAAGUGUUUCGUAAUCGCAACCCAAAAUCAAAAACCAAAAACAACACGCAACAAGUUUUAUUUACAUUUCGCAGUUUUGUUUUCACUUUAAAAGUUACACUUUCGGACAUACAAAGACAAUAUUACGUAAACGCAGUGAAUUCUCACUGUACUUAGGCGCACUUUGCCCGCGCUUAUAACUAGGCUAUAGUCAACUAUUCAAGUCGAAACAAUUUCUGUUUUUCUUUCACCUCUUGUGCAUCGUGCGUGCGUCUUAAGAUUUUUGAAACGCGAAACAGCAGUAUUAUUUAAAAGAGAAUUCACUAAGAUAUCCAAUUAGUGAAUACUUCAAGUCUAUUUAUCGUUUUCAAAUAAGAAAGCACAGCGACAUCGUCAACAAUAUGGUUGAGGGUCAGACAGCGGUGCAACAGCAGCCAUCGGGAGCUGGCAUUGUUAGUGGUGGCACAGGCACGGGUAGUAGCACGGCUGGAGCUAGUGGUGCCACCACUGUUGGUAAUGUGGUUAACAGUCAGGCUCAACAAAAUGGCGGCUCCAGCUCAACGUCGACUGCGGCAGCAUCUGUUUCUGCUGUCGGUACUGGCAAUCAAACUGCGGGCAACAAUGCCACAGCAAACAGCAACAACAACAACAGCAACACCACCAACACUGCAGCCACAAAUAAUAAUAACAACAACAACAACAAUAAUAAUAAUAGCAGCAACAACAAUAAUAAUAACAACAAUACUACUAAUAAUAACAACAAUAAUAAUAAUAAUAACAAUAAUAAUAACAACAACAACAACGAACCAGAUCCAAAAACUAAUUUGAUUGUGAAUUAUUUGCCACAAACGAUGUCGCAAGAUGAGAUUCGUUCAUUGUUCGUUAGUUUUGGUGAGGUGGAGAGCUGCAAGUUGAUACGCGAUAAGGUCACAGGUCAAAGUCUGGGCUACGGCUUUGUCAACUAUGUGAAGCAAGAGGAUGCAGAGAAGGCCAUCAAUGCAUUGAAUGGUCUUCGUUUGCAAAACAAAACCAUAAAGGUCUCCAUUGCGCGUCCCAGCUCGGAGAGCAUUAAGGGAGCCAAUCUAUAUGUAUCGGGUCUUCCAAAGAAUAUGACACAGUCCGAUUUGGAAUCAUUGUUCAGUCCAUACGGCAAGAUCAUAACUUCGCGCAUACUUUGUGAUAAUAUCACUGGUCUCUCCAAGGGCGUUGGCUUUAUACGCUUCGAUCAGCGAUUUGAGGCUGAUCGCGCUAUCAAGGAGCUAAACGGCACCACACCGAAGAAUUCCACCGAACCGAUAACCGUUAAGUUUGCCAACAAUCCGAGCAGCAACAAGAACAGCAUGCAACCCCUCGCCGCCUACAUUGCACCGCAAAAUACACGCGGCGGACGCGCUUUUCCAGCCAACGCCGCUGCCGGUGCCGCUGCAGCCGCUGCUGCCGCCGCCAUUCAUCCCAACGCGGGCCGUUACAGCUCUGUGAUCUCACGCUAUUCGCCGCUGACCAGUGAUCUAAUUACCAAUGGCAUGAUUCAAGGCAAUACCAUUACUAGCUCUGGCUGGUGCAUUUUUGUCUAUAAUUUGGCACCCGAAACUGAGGAGAAUGUUCUAUGGCAGCUGUUUGGGCCAUUUGGAGCCGUGCAGUCCGUUAAGGUAAUACGGGACUUGCAGAGCAAUAAAUGCAAGGGCUUUGGUUUUGUGACCAUGACGAACUAUGAGGAGGCCGUAUUGGCCAUUCAAUCCCUCAAUGGCUACACGCUGGGCAAUCGUGUACUUCAAGUCAGCUUUAAGACCAACAAAAAUAAGCAAACGUAAUUAUUAACCAAGUUGGCUGCUGUUGUCAAUGCCAAUGCGGCGGCAGCGGCGCUGGCUGCCAAUAGUUUGGUGCUCAAUCAUAACAACAACAUCAACAAAAACACUAAUCACAACAACAAGAACAUUUGCAACAGCAUCAACAAUAAUAGCAACAUUAAUGUUGCCUUUCAGUUUGGCAAAUAUGUAAAUCAUAACAACAGACAGCACAACAAUAACACAAACAAGCAGAAACAACAACAGCAACAGCAGCUUGCAACAUCCAGCAACAAGCAGGCGCUGUCACAUUUAGGUGCCACAAAGGGAACUGCAACAGCAACAGCAGCAACAAACAAUCGUCAAAACAAAACCCCUUUUACCGUAAAUAGUUGCAACAACAAGGCAACAACAAGCAGUAACAGCAGCAACAACCACAACACCAACACCAACAACACCUCGUCCAACGCCACGCUCCAUGUCGAUGCCUCCUCAUCCAGCACCAUUUUAAAAACUUCCACGAAAUUCAUUUACAACAAGCCACAAAAUCAUUUCGAGCUGUUGCAGCAGCAGCUCCAACUGCAGCAGGAAUUUGCCCAGUUUCUCACUAAUGUAGCCAACAGCGCAGCCAACAGCAGCGGCAGCAGCAAUAACAACAGCAACAAUAGUGUUGGUGGCAGCGGCAACUCGGCAAGCGGCUCAAAUGGUCACCGGCAUGCUGCAAGUUUGGGAAACAACAACACGUCGACGACAACAACAACAGUCGCUGGCAACAAAAGCAGCAACAAUUAUCAAUCCUCAUUUAUGCCAUCUUGGUCAAAUUGGUUCUUGUAAGGAGAAGUUGACCUCCUUUUACAUAUAUUUAUGAUUUAAGUUGAUUUUCAUAACCACUUUUUUUUUGAAAUUUCUAAGCUAAGACAAAAGUUAAAUUUAAAUAUGUUUAUUUUUUUUAGUUUUUUUAAAUUGUUUAAAUCGAAUUUUGUUUUAUAAUAUUGUUUAGUUUCAUAUGGAGUUCAACUGCUAUUAUUUGAUUUAAUACUUAGUUCUUGAUUUUAUUUCUGUGCUAAGAGCAAAGUCUAGUCGCCUCACAGCUACCAAAAAAAAAGUGAAAAAAUGUAAGGUUAAGUUUUUGUUUGAAGAAAGCAACAUACUCUAAAAAUAGUUAAAUAUAUUUUGGAUAAGGUCAAAAACCGCCAGAAAAAUACUUGAAAACAAGAAUACUUAAGCCUAUUUGAUAACUGUAUAAACAAAUACGUAGAUAAACAAAGAAGUAAAACAGAAACUGAACUGAAACAAACAAAUGGAAAAACAACGACAGAUGUUCGCGAUAUGUUUAAACUACCAUUAAAUGUAUAACUUUUGCUUAAAAUAAAGAUAGUAUGCAUUAUAAUAUACGCAAAA